GGAUUUACGGCUCCAAUAAGGAUAUGGAUAUAUGAGAUGAUUCCGGCAGUUCGUGCAUGUGGAUUUGUAUUGAGAAAAAAUAAAGACUUGCCUCGGAUGAAACGAUGGAGUGGAACAAAAAAAUUGAAAUGGGUUGACGUGAACAAGAUUUGGUCAAAGAUACAGGAGGGGCAACCACCAAGACAAAAUAUAUUACCGGGUGAUGGUGAGAUGACAUCUUGUUAUUAUAUGUCAUUUCAAGAGUAUGUAUAUGGUGAAGGGAAAGCAGUUCCAUCCCCAGUACGGGAUCAUUUUAGGAGACAAGACGAAUUUUCGUCUAGUAUGUCGUGCAGUGGUCGCUCUCAUGGUAGAGGUAGGGGCAGUGGGAAACACAACCUAGACGAGGUGUUGAAACAGCUAUAUGCACUGGAGCAGCAUGUGUUUAUGAACCGACAACCUACAGAGGUUUUUGUUGAAGAAGUGAAUACUGAACAAUUUUGGAACGACAUUACUUUUGAUGAUCCGAUAGCGUCACAAAGAAAAUAUGAUGAACAGGAGUCGGAGGAAAGGAAUGACAACGCGGGGAACAAAUUUGAUGAUGAUGUAUUUGACGUGUCGGACGAAGACGAAAUAAUAAUAACGGGAAUUGUAGAUUAUUUUGAUGAGUAUGAUGACAAAGAAGUUACACCCGAUAAACCGAGGACUCGAAAACCAUCACAAUAUUUGUGCCCUCCUUACACCGAGUUGCACACGACACCGAAGCAAAAAAGAAGAACAAAAAAGAAGGUUGAUAUCAAAUCAACAAGCCCCGUUCCUCCUCCAGUUUUUGGUGUUGUUCAUGACUUCUCCAUGUUGCGCUUGCAACCUUACGUAGCAGGCGGUGAGGUUGCCAUCCAAAAUUAUUUAUUUCAUUCAUAUGAUGUCCAGCAUCGUUUGUUUAAUUUCGUGUUAGAUAGAGAUUUUUGGAGCUCAUUGUUUGGGCAUACACACGACGGAUGGUUGGAGUCAGCGCAUAUAACCAUUUGGUACCGACUAUUGAUGGAGAGACGGUUUGAGAGCGACCGACAUACAAUAAUGCCUCCAAAAUUUUUUGUUUCUCAUGCUUUGGAAGAAGGACAUGACUGGAGGGCGUUUAUGGCUGGUAUUGCUACGUACCCCGACUUCAUGGUUGCUUGGUGGGAUGUUGAUACGGUCUUAUUGCCGAUUCAUUCAUCCCCUAAUCAUUGGCUAUUUGGGGAACUACGAUUAGCGUCAAUGGAAGUGCAUAUUUAUGACAGUCUUGGUAGAGGGGCUUAUGAAAAAUUCAAAUAUGAAGGAAUCUUUUCCAAAUUUGAACGUCGGGUGGCAAAUUAUUUGGACAAGAUUAAGUAUUGGGCCCGGAGGAACAUCCCAAGGAUUCCAUUGAAUAUGCAAUUCAUUUAUGAAGAAAAUGUUCCCCAACAAAGUAGUCAUUUGGAAGAUUGCGGUGUUUUUGUUUGUAUGUUUAUGGAGCAAUUUGUUUCAGGUCAACCAAUACGUGUUCUUAUUGACCCAAAGAACGCAGCUUUAGAGUUCCGUCAACGGAUGACAAAUUUUUUUUGGGGGUCUAGUCUUGGUCCUAUGUAG